GCAGCCUGUUUGUUGAUAAACACCGAAGGAGAACAGGAAGAUGAGGUCGGGGCGCCCACUAGCGGCCAGAGGGUACUAUUACAGCUCGUGACUGGAGGGGCUGUUUGGGCUUGUUACCAGGCAGAGAGCCUUUCCAACAUGGCGGCGGCGAGCAACGCAGAGCCUACGCAUUUGCAAGAUAUGGAAGAGGACGACGCGGCGGAGAUGGACGAGCGGGGAAUGGACUCGGAGAGCGACGGCGAGGAGGGCAUGGGAGUGGACAAUUCGGACGACGAAGAGGACGACACAUCAGAAGACGAGAAGGAAAAUGAAGCCGAAAUCCAGCGACUGGAAGAGCAGCUAUCGAUCAAUGCCUUUGACUACAACUGCCAUGUUGAUCUCAUCAAACUACUGAAGCAUGAGGGAGAGCUUCUCCAUCUGCGAAAGGCCAGGCAAAAGAUGAGUGAGCUUUUUCCUCUCACAGAAGAGAUCUGGCUAGAUUGGCUCAAGGAUGAAAUUCGCCUGACUGAAGAAGAACCCAACCGAGAAAAAGUUAUGGAACUUUUUGAGAAGGCUAUAAAAGACUACAUUUGCCCGGAUAUCUGGCUUGAAUAUGCCCAGUAUUCUAUUGGUGGCAUGGGAUCGCCAGGUGGCAUCGAAAGGGUGAGAUCCGUCUUCGAGAGAGCCAUCACAGCUGUUGGGCUUCACAUGACCAAGGGACAAAUGGUGUGGGAAGCGUACAGAGAAUUUGAGAAUGCCAUUCUGGCCACAGUACAGCCUCCUCCUGGCAAGAUUCCCAGCCAUGAUGAGCAAGAGCUGCUGAACAAGCAGCUUCAGCGCAUCCAUACGCUGUUCCGCCGCCAGCUGGCCAUCCCCUUAAUGGACAUGGAGGCAACUUAUGCAGAGUAUGAGGAAUGGUCCGACCACGGGCCACGCGAGGAAGUCUUGCGUCAGUACAAAAAUGCUUUGCAGCAGAGGGAGAAGUAUAAGCCUUUUGAAGAGUCACUGCUGGUGGCAGAGACGCCUAAACUGGCCGAAUACCAGGCCUACAUCGACUUUGAAAUGAAGGAGGGGGACCCGGCCCGGAUUCAGAUGACGUUUGAGCGGACUCUGGUCGAGAACUGCCUGGUGCCAGACAUGUGGACCAAAUAUACCACGUAUCUCGACCGUCAACUGAAAAUCAAAGAUCUGGUUCUUUCCACCCACGAUCGUGCUGUCAGAAACUGCCCGUGGACGAUGGGUCUGUGGAAGAGCUAUUUGCAAGCUGUAGAGAGGCACGGGGGCACUCAUCAAACCAUUUCAGAUUUGUUUGAAAAAGCGCUGAACGCGGGGUUCAUUCAAGCUACGGAUUAUGUGGAGAUCUGGCAGGUUUACCUCGACUACCUGAGGAGACGUGUGGAUUUCAGCCAAGAGUCGAGUAAAGAGUUGGAGGAGCUACGAGGGUCAUUCACCCGCUGUCUGGACUACAUGAAACAAGAUGUCGAAGAAAGGUUUGGGGAAAGUGGAGACCCUUCCUGUAACAUAAUGCAGAUCUGGGCAAGGAUAGAGGCCCUGCAUUGUAAAAACAUGCAAAAAGCCAGAGAACUGUGGGACAGCAUCAUGACAAAAGGGAACGCCAAGUACGCCAACAUGUGGCUGGAAUACUAUAACCUCGAAAGAGCUUACGGAGAUUCUGUCCACUGUCGAAAAGCGCUUCACAGAGCAGUCCAGUGCACUUCCGACUACCCAGAACACGUGUGUGAAGUCCUGCUCACCUUUGAGAGAGUCGAAGGCUCUUUGGAGGACUGGGAUGUGGCAGUCCAGAAGACAGAGACGCGUCUGAACAGAGUUAAUGAGCAACGGGCAAAGGUGGCCGAGAAAGAAGCCAUCCAGGCUCUACGCGAGGAGGAACAAUUUGAGCAGAGGCGGAAGGCCAAGGCAGACAAGAAGUCUCAGAAGAAAGUUCAGAAGGGCGGUCGAUUUGGGGAGAAGAGGAAAGCAGAGCACGGGCUUGAUCAAGAUGAGUGGAACGACCAUGCAGAACAAGCUCCUAAGCGACACAAAGGAAAUGGUGAGCAAAGCAAAGAGGAGCACAUGGAGACUGAGAUGGGACUCUAUGGGAAGAAGGCGCCUCCCGGCUAUAAAAGUUCUGCGCCUGGAUUCAACAAAGUCCAGCAGGCCAGUGCCCAGAAGCAAAGCGAUGAUAAAACUGAGCUUCGGAACAAUGAAAACAGUGUGUUCGUUAGCAACCUGUCGUACACCCUGGAGGAGCCUGAGGCCAGAAUCCGGACAUUCUUUGAGACGUGUGGACGCGUCAACCAGAUUCGCCUCGUCUCCAGCAACAAAGGGACCUUCAAGGGCUUUGGCUAUGUGCAGUUUGAAAGCUCUGAGUCUGUCACGGAAGCCCUCAAACUCGACAGACGGGAAGUGGAGGGCAGGCCUAUGUAUGUGUCACCGUGUGUAGACAAGAACAAGAAUCCAGACUUUAAGGUGUUCAAGUACAACACAACUAUGGAGAAACACAAAAUCUUCAUCUCCGGGCUGCCGUUUUCCUGCACCAAGGAGCAAUUGGAAGAAAUAAGCAAGCGUCACGGCACCAUUAAAGAAGUUCGUCUUGUUACGUUUCGCUCAGGAAAACCCAAGGGGUUGGCAUAUGUUGAGUUUGCAGAUGAAGCGCAAGCUUCUCAGGCCGUCUUGAAAAUGGACGGCAUGGACGUAGAAGGGAACAAAAUCUCUGUUGCUAUAAGCAACCCUCCUCGCAGAAACACAAGCAAGCUCGGUCCCAGUCAGCCCACCGCAAACCUGACGCCUCACCAGUUCCACGGCGCGAGAGGAAGAGGACGCACACAGGUGUCAUUGCUCCCUCGCUCUUUGAAUCGCCAAAGCGGGCCCGCAAGACAAGUGGAGAAUGGGUCUGCAUCUGAGGAAGGUGCCGGAGAUGCGAAGCCUUUGUCCAACGCAGACUUUGCUAAGAUGCUUCUGAAGAAGUGAAAGGAAUGCCUGCUGGCUUCACACUGAAAGCCACCACGUGAAUCUUUCAAAAGAAGUCUUUUGUGACUUUUGACUUUCUGCAAACGUCAGCCUUCUCGUCAUUGUUCGCGCGAGAUUGCCUUAACUGCAGAGCUGCUGCCCUCCACCGGCCCCUUUCAACCAAGACCACCUUUGACCCUGGUCAUUUUUACUUUUCCUUCUCUGGCUGUGUUUAAACGUUGCUGUCGGGUUUUAUUAAAUAACUGUAAAGUACAUGUGUGUAAAUAUGUUUGAAAUGUUCUUGACAUUUUCCCAACAUUUGACAUUUUCCUUUUAUUUCAGUGGGACAUUGGACUGACAACCCUGUGUUAAGAAGUGUGUAGAAUAAUGUGUGUGUUUACACAUACAAAAUCAAUACAUACCUAUCAGCUGUCUGUUAACAGAAUUAUGCUAAAAUAUUUUCGUUAAGACUUUAUGGCUCUUAAGACCACCAUUUCAACAGUUAAAUGUAUGAACCGAUCCAACAGUCUCUUUUGAGAAAUUUAAAUGUGAUCCCCUUAUGUCAGGCAAUUUUUUUGGUUUUGAUUUAAAAUGUCAAUUUAAGACUGAGGCAUAAUAAAUUAACCGGCUGGGGCUGACUUUCUUCAA